AUGUCAAGCAUCAGACCCCCCCCCCCGGCUCGCAUCGCUGUGUUCAACAGGGCCUUGUGCUCAGCUGGGAGCCCUCGCAAUUGGCCUCACCAACGCAAUGGCGAUGCUGUCUCCAGGGGUGGUACGAAGGAACCGGUUUUCUGUGAAACGUUCGAGGUUGCUCGAAGUGGGACAUGCCGCAUCGCGAAUCUGGAAUUUCAGCAUCCUUGUUUACUGACUUCGGUACAGGCUAACGUAGCUGAGGGCAGUGACAUCAGUUGGACCCGUUGCGAAGCGAACACACUGUCGUACAAGACGUUGGACAGGGGUUGCUUCCAAUGCAUGGUGCUUGCUGUGAUCUGCAACUUGAGGCAUUGCGUCGGCGCUUGA